CACAGGGCAGUGCCCCAGGGAGAGGCCCGAGCCUGCCGAUGGAUUUCGACCAGAAGGCUGUGAAGUUCUUGGCAAGCUUCUACAUCAAUGGAGGAAAACACUGGACUGAUGGCCCCCUGAGGCAGACGCCGGAGCCCUCCCAGCUCCGGGCUGCUGUGCUGCUGCUGGGCCUGGAUUUCGACCAGAAGGCUGUGAAGUUCUUGGCAAGCUUCUACAUCAAUGGAGGAAAACACUGGACUGAUGGCCCCCUGAGGCAGACGCCGGAGCCCUCCCAGCUCCGGGCUGCUGUGCUGCUGCUGGGCCUGGGGCUGGCGGAGGCCUGGGCUGGGAUGCGGCCUCCAGGGGAACAGGUGGGGCCUGCCUGCCGCAGGUCACGGGCACGGCAGGGCACCCCCCGCCGAGAGCCCCAGCCUUUCUGCCCCUGGAUCCUGAGGGAGCUGCUGCUGGAGCGCCGGCCCCCGCUCACGGUCGACCUGGACAUCCCCGGCCCCACCAAGUACGAGGUGCCUAGUGCGUCUGUCCGCGAGUCCUCUCCGCACCCACACUACAGCUUCGGCCGCAGGUACCCUGGCCGAGAGGGUGGUGGCCGCAGGGCGUGGCAGACGGCAUGGCUGCAGAGCGAAAGUCCUUUCACACAGAAAGCAGACUUUAACCGGGAACAGUCGUGGCCAUCGCCUGCCGACUACUGGCCGCGUGGCAGGCCUGCCUUCCCAGCCUUCAGCUUUGGAGGCCAUCCUACCUCCAAGACACCCGAGGGACGCGGCCGCCCGGGACUGCUCCGUGCCAGGGCGCCGGGCUUCCACGUGAAGCCCUUGGUGCAGGCCCCUCCCAAGGGCCCCAGGGAGACCCGUCCCAGCCCUACCACCUAUGACACCCUCCCUGGGUGCCUUCUGCGGAGCCCGCGCUCGCCCGCCUUCUCCAUGAACCUUUUUCUUCCACCCCCUGGGCUAGCUCCCUUCUCCUCCACAGCCCAGACCCCAGGCCCAGCUGCCUACUCCGUGGAGGACUGCUAUAACUCACGCUUCCCGUCGGCUCCCACAGUGGUCAUCCAGGGUGUGCGCCGGCCCAAGCGCCACGACACAGGCCCCUUCUGCACACUCUAGAGCCGGCACAGCUGUGCCGCCGUCGAGGGGGCCCUGGCCUUCCCCAGGCCUGCCCUGGGACGUGCCACCCCCAGCUGGGCACCACCCCCCACCUGGCUGGCCAGCACUUCUGUGACCUCGGACAUGGAGGGCCAGCCCAGACCCCCAACGAUGAGGUUUGUUGGUUCUCGAUUCUGUGCCUGCUGCCCGCCUGCCCCCGGGCUGUCCUGAAAACACGACCUCUGCCCACUGAGCACUCUAGCCGUCCCUGCCAAGGGCUUCUUUU